AUCGGCCAUCUUCUUUCUUAAUCCAAACUAAUAAUUCCCUUUUUGAAUCUUCUCUUUUCCCCUUUUCUUUAAUUCUUAGGGUUACCUGUUUAAAAAAACAAUAUUUUUUCUAAAAAAUCUCGAUUUUAUAUUCUUCUGUUAGCAACAUUUGUCAUGGCUGUUCUGUCACUGAAUUCUCUACCCAUCGGAUUACGUUUCCGACCAACCGACGAGGAACUGAUCGAUUUUUAUCUACGCUCCAAGAUCAACGGGGAACGAAGCGAUGAAGUUUGGGUCAUUCGUGAAAUCGAUGUUUGUAAAUGUGAGCCCUGGGAUUUGCCUGAUUUGUCUGCUAUACAAAGUCGUGAUCCUGAGUGGUUUUUCUUCUGUCCGCUCGACCGAAAGUACCCGAGCGGAAAUAGGCUCAAUAGGGCCACCGAGGCCGGUUACUGGAAGGCUACGGGUAAGGAUCGCAAGAUCAAGUCUGGGUCCAGCUUGAUCGGCAUGAAGAAAACUCUCGUCUUUUAUACCGGCCGGGCUCCAAGGGGAAAGCGAACUAACUGGGUUAUGCAUGAGUAUCGUACUACGCUCACUCAACUUGACGGCACCAAGCCUGGACAGAAUCCAUUUGUGAUUUGUCGUCUAUUUAAGAAACAAGAUGAUAGCAUUGAAGAUAUAAAUGAAGUUGAUCCUGUUGCAUCUUCUCCUACUGAAGAUAUGCAGUCUGAGUUAGAAGGGCCUCAAGACUCGCCUGCAGUGGAAGGGGUGGCCCAAAAAUUUCCUAAUAGCAAUGGAACUUGUCCUGGGAGCCUGCCAAAUGAAGUGAUUUCUAGCACAGUUGCACCUACAUUAGAGUGCGAUAUCAAUGGCUCGAAAGCUUAUGGCGUGUUGAGUCAAGGGAGGGGAUUAGUGCCUGCAGAGGUUGAUCCACUGGAAGAAGCUUUAAAUCAUUUUUAUGUUCCCGUGGUGGAGCCACUGGAUUUCGAACUCUUUUCUCCGUUGCACUCACAGAUUGAAGCAGAGGGAGCACCUUGGAUGUUAGGUCAUGUUGGGAACAAUUUCAGUGAAACGGAGUUGGAGCAUGAUAUAAAUGAAAAUGAGGCCUCUAUUUCUGAUUUCUUGGAUUCUAUCCUAAACAAUUCUGAUGACAACUACAGUGUUGACUCUGGCAAUCAGAAAAAUUCAGCUCUUCAAAGUGAAAUCCCCAAAGCCUUGGCCACUGUUAUGGAUGGAAUAUCAUGCAGUAAAUCAGAAGCUGAAGCCCAAAUAUUGCUUGGGACAGAAACUGCCAACGGAGCUCCUUUAGAGAUUAAAGCCACUGCACAAGAUUGCACGACCCCAACAAGCGAAGACGUUAGCUUUUCUGGUACUCUGCCAUUGCAAAAUGUGUUAAACCGUAAAGAAGAAUCGAGCAAUCAUGCAAAUGCAGAUUGUAAUCUUGAUAAUGCUAUCACUGGAAUCAGGAUAAGGCCUCGUCCUGCUCGAAGUCGGCCAAACAUUGAGAAUUCUGUGAUGCAGGGCAAUGCCCCGAGAAGAAUACGCCUGCAAUGUAAACUUCAAGUUGGCACUCUUUACCCUCCUAAUGCAAUGAAUAACUUUAGUGAAGGAAAAGAUGAAGAUUCAAAGCCAGUUGUGUCCAUGGACAAACCCCAGGAAACAUUCCUUUCUGAGUCGAGCGAAAAAAGUGUAUUGAAGUCGAAAACCAUUGUUUCAGUUUUUGAAGAGAUUCCAUCUCGUUGCUCGAAGAAGUUUUCCGCCAGUCGCCGGCAUACGCCCUUUGGUGUUAUCUUUUGGGUAACUGUGAUAUUCAUCUUGCUUAUAGUUUUGGUUAGCAAAAUGAAUCUUGCAGUUUGAUGACCCCAUAUUUCGUCGUGUAUAGUUGACAUGCUUCAUAGAAUCCUAUUUUUAAGAACCGAGGUGAUGAUUUUUAAUAGUAACAAUUAUGUAUGUAAUAACACG